AUGUAUUCCAACUCGAAUGCCUUCCUGGGGCCCAACAGCCAGCGCCCAGGCGGCCAGCAGUUUGCUGCACCGCCAUUCAACGGCAGCAGCAUGGGUGCCGGGCAGCAGAUGGGACAGCAGCAGCCGAGCCCGUUUGUGCCGCAGCCAACGGGCUUCGGUCAGCAACCACCACUCCAGCAGCAGUAUACGGGCUAUCCGAUGCAGACGCAGCCUGGGGGGUUUGAGCAGCAGCAGCAGCAGCAGCAGCAGCCUCUGCCGCAGCAGUACACGGGACUCCCCGUUCAACCCCAGCGGCAGUCGAGCUUCCAGACGGUGGCCCCGCCGAUGCCAUCCAUGCCGCCGCAGUUCCAAGAGCAGCCCCUUCGACAGACCGGCUUCUCACCUUCGCCGCAGCCGACCUCGGGCUUGGCGCCGCCGCCGCCUGUGCCCGUGAAGCCGCAGCCCACCGGCUUCAACGAGAUGGCAGCCUCGUUCCAAACGGGAACCGCACCUCAAGGCGCGGCCGACCGGAAGAAGGGCAACAUCAUCCCCAACAUCAGACUAUCCUUCAUAACCGCCCAGGAUCAGUCCAAGUUCGAAACGCUCUUCAAAUCAGCCGUCGGCGAGGGCUCGGCGACCAUGUCCGGCGAUAAAGCCCGGGAUUUGCUGCUCCGCUCGCGGCUGGAUGGUGAUUCCCUGUCCCACAUCUGGACGUUGGCCGAUACGACUCGUGCCGGCCAGCUAUACUUUCCCGAGUUCGCCCUCGCCAUGUAUCUGUGCAACCUAAAGCUGACGGGCAAGGCACUGCCCUCGGGCCUGCCGCAGAACAUCAAAAAUGAAGUGUCGAGCAUGGUGGACAUCAUAAGCUUCAGCGUCGUCGAGGACAAGCCUCCGGCGGGCAACGCGUCUGGCUUUCGACCGGCCGAGCCACCUUCCAACCAGCAGCCCCUCCUCCAGUCGACCGACUCCCAGCUGCUCCAGUCCCAGAUGACGGGCUUCCCAGGCCCGGCAGGAUUCGCGAGCCAGCCCCAAGGCCUGCCGUCGCAGCCGACGGGCUUCCUGGCCAUGCAGAACCCUCAGCCGACGGGCUACAACGGACCUCUGCCGCCGAUGCCCUCGAUGCCUACCGGUAUCGGCCUCGGCCAGCCCGUCGCGCCGCUGAACGCCCAGCCGACCGGACGACCCAACCAGUGGGGCCUGGUCAACGCGCCGGCCACUGGGCUGCCGAACAUCGAUGCCCUGCAGGCCAGGAUGAUGCCUCAGCAAGGUCGCGAGGCCGGCACCUUUACCACCCAGGGCCUUCGGGGCAAUGCCGUCAUUCCGUGGGCCAUCACGAAGGAGGAGAAGACGCGGUACGACGAUUUGUUCCGCGCUUGGGACGGCUUUGGAAAGGGACACAUCGGCGGCGAUCAAGCCAUCGAGAUCUUUGGCCAGAGCGGCCUCGAGAAGCCCGACCUCGAGAGAGUUUGGACCUUGUCGGAUAACGGAAACAAGGGCCGGCUGGACCUGGACGAAUUUGCCGUCGCCAUGCACUUGAUCUACAGGAAGCUCAACGGCUACCCCCUCCCCAGCACGCUACCUCCCGAGCUCGUCCCGCCCUCGACUCGCAACUUCAGCCAGUCUAUAGGCACGCUCAAGUCGAUGCUGCACCAGGAGUCGGACCAGCGCAAGAACACGGGCGCCUCCCUCCUCCCCCAGAAGACGGGCGUCAGCUACAUGAAGAACCGGUCGUUUCGGGGUGCCGCCGGUGUCGGGGGGGGCGGCCGGAAGGAUGCCACCGUCUUUCGCAACGACGACGAGGAUUUUGGAUACAGGUCCAGCGCCCGCCGCAGGGUGGGCGACAACUCGGCGAGGUCCAACUCCCCGGCGUCGGUUGGGUCCAACGAGGACCUGACGCUGGAUCAGCUUCGCAAGAAAGUCAAGGAGAAGCAGAUCCUCCUGGACGCCAUGGAUUUCGCCGACGAGAAGAACAACGAAGAAGAUGACGUUCUCGACAGGAGAGAUCGCCGCGAGGCCGAAGAGCUGUACCGGCGCAUCCGACGCAUGCAGGGAGACAUUGACGCACACCCAGACGCGGCGCUUUCCACGGGCGAUUCCGACGCCGAGAGGCGGGCGUUGAAGCGUCAACUCCAAAAUCUCACCGACAAGGUGCCCGAUCUUGCCUCGCAGGUGCGAAAGACGGAAAAGGCCAUCAUGGAGGCCAGACUGGAGCUCUUUCGCCUCAAGGAUGCCAAGGCUCACCCGGGCAGCGGCGCUCCCAUCGUCGGCACCGGGCCCGGCGGCGCCGUGACCGAGUCCGAUCGAGUCAAGGCUCGAGCCAAGGCCAUGAUGCAGCAGAGAACGGCGGCGCUGACGGGCAAGAAGAUUGACGUCGGAUCCGAGGAUCUCGAUGGGCCCAAACGUCUCGAGGAGGAGACGAUCAAGGUGAAGCAGGAAAAGGAGACGAACGAGGGCAUGGUCCGCGACGUGGAGGAGAGCGUCGGCGAUUUCGCUCGCGGCCUCGAGGACAGCCUCAAGGAGGGCGGCAAGGACAGCACGAGCGAGCACGAGCGGCGACGUUGGGAAGACGGCCUCGGUGUCGAGGACGAGGUCCGAGAUUUCAUCUUUGAUCUCCAGCGCGAGAGCCGCUCCAACCGGCUCCGCGCACGAGACCAGCGGCCGGCUCGUCCCGCCGCUCCGGCGGAGGAGGCACGACCGGAGAGGGUGGCCAGCCCUCGGCUCGAGAGUCCCGUCUCGACGUCCCGCGCCGCCACGCCCCCCGCCGGCGGCGGCUCGUACGCGUCGUACAAGACGCCAGAGGAGCGUGCCGCGUUCAUCAAGCAGCAGGCCGAACAGCGAAUGGCCGAACGCUUGGCCGCCCUCGGCAUCAAGGCGCCGUCCAAGAGCGGCGGAGAGAGCGCGGCCCAACGGGUGGAGCGCGAAAAGAGCGAGCGAGCGGCCAAGCUUCGGCAGGCGGAGGAAGAGGACGCCCGGCGAGAGGCCGAGCGGCAGGCUCGCCUUGCCGAGGAGCAGGGCGUGCCGCCUCCCGCUCCCGCGAGCGAAACACCGCAGGCCGAUGCUCGGCAGCCGCCGCCGCCGCCUGCUCGGAAGGCGGGCAAGUCUGGCGCCAAGGAAUCCGAGGGCGAGCACGCCGCACGAGCGGCCGAGGAGGCUAGGCUUACGGAACAACACGAGCGUCAACUUCGCGAGACGCGAAAGAUGGAGUGA